AUGUGUGGCGUCGACUCCGACGGCGGAAACAAGAAGUGUCCACUCAACCUUUGUUGCUCGUAUUACGGCUGGUGUGGGACGAAUUCUACCCACUGCGGAGAUACGGACCAGGAAGGAAACAAGACACCGUGCCAGAAGGACUUUGGCAAGUGCGAAGUCGUGCCUCCCCCGAAAUGCGAGAAGGAAGCCGGCAGCGCAACACACGGUCGACACAUUGCCUAUUACCAAUCGUGGAAUACACGCACUCGACUAUGCAAUCGCAUUCGGCCGAGGCACAUCAAUGCUACGGGCCUAAGUCAUUUGAACUUCGCGUUUGCCUCCGUUGACCCUCGUACCUUCCGCAUUCAGCCAAUGCAUCCCGACGAUGUUGAUCUCUAUCGCGAAUUCACCGCUUUGAAGACGGACAAGCUCGAGACGUGGAUUGCAGUCGGUGGUUGGGAGUUCAGCGACCCGGGCCCAACACGCACUACUUGGUCUGAUAUGGUCAGCUCCAGGGAGAAUCGCGCUGAAUUCAUCGACUCGACUGUCAAAUUCAUGGACGAGUACGGUUUUCAGGGCCUCGAUAUAGACUGGGAGUAUCCUGCUGCCAAGGAACGCGGCGGCAAAGAGGUCGACACAGAUAACCAAGUGGCCCUCGUCAAGGAACUUCACGCUGCAUUUGGCGAUCGUUUUGGCCUUUCCAGCAUUCUGGCACCCGACUUCUGGUACCUGCGUGGCAUGGAUCCGAAAGCGAUGGAGGAGCAUGUCAAUUGGUUUAACUUCAUGGGAUAUGAUCUCCAUGGGCCGUGGGACGGGGAUAUCUCGGCUCUCGGAGCAAAGAUUCGUCCCCACACGGACCUACGAGACAUUGACAAAGAUCUCCUACCGCUGUGGUUCGACAAAUUAGAUCCUAAGAAAGUCAACAUCGGCAUGGCAUACUAUGGCCGCGGCUACACCGCGUCGAAGAAAGACUGUCUGCAAUUUGGUUGUGAUUUCGCCGGCGCGAGCAAGGCCGGGAAUUGCACCCAGUUCGAAGGCUUCUUGUCCAACUACGAGAUCGAGCGCAUUAUCAAGCAAAAGGGCUUGACGCCGGAACUGAUGAAGGAGGCUGCUGUUAAACAGAUUGCCUGGGAUGACCAGUGGGUCGGUUAUGAUGACGGAGAGACUCGUGCCCUGAAGAUCGAUUACGCCAACGAACACUGUCUGGGAGGAACUUUUAUUUGGGCUAUCGACUACGAUUCCGGCAUUGGAAGCGGAAAUACUCCG